GUCACCGGAAGUUGUCUGUCUCCCUGUGUUGUCAGGUGGGCUUAAGCUGCCACGCAGGAAGAUAAUGGCGACUCCGGAUGAAAAUUAGUGACGGAACUAAAAUUCAACACGUUGGGAUUUUGACAUAAGUCAUCAGGAUGGAGAAUAAAGUUCAAAUAGUACAACCUAUCCGUGGACCUGGAGAUGGAAUGGAAACAGAAGAACCAGCCAAACCAAUCGAGAAUGCCACAGUAGUAAAUAAAAAAUGUCAUCACACUCCACGAGCUAAUGUAGGUUCCAAUUCUUCCCAAAUUGUCACCAAGCCUGGCGUUCUUCAGCUUGGGAAGGUUCAGCCUGACCAAGCUGUUGAGGUAGAAGCCAUAAAAAUCCUGGUACCCAAAGCAGCUCUAAUUCAUGAAAUUCCUAUAAAGAAUACAAAGUUAAAUGACUCCGCAGGUUCUCAUAAGGGUGAGUUGUCAAGUCAUCCAGAAAACGCUGCUGAACUCAAGAGAGAACUGACAGAACUAAAAGUCUCCAUUGAAAAAUCGCAAAGUUCAGAAAGAAAACUCCUACAAGAUAAAGAGGGGCUGGCUAACCAAAUCCGGAUACAGACUGAGAUAAAUCGUGAGCUAAAAAAAUUACUUGUAGCCUCUGUUGGCAAUGACCUUCAGUAUCACUUUGAGCGUUUGGCACGUGAAAAAAAUCAAUUAAUCCUGGAAAAUGAGACUUUGAAUCAAAACCUAGCUCAGCUCUCUGAGCAGCUGGAACGGAUGACGAUACAAUGCGAUGUGUGGCGCAGCAAGUUCCUUGCAAGCAGAGUGAUGACAGAGGAAUUAGCGCACGUUAGAACAUCACUGCAGCGUCAUGUCCGAGAAACCCAGAGUGCAAUACAAGAUCUUCUCAGUGAGCGUGAGCAAUUUCGUCAGGAUAUGGUUGGAUCCCAUGAAUUCCUCAAGGAGCUCUUGGUAUCUCUGCAAUGGGGCCGACAACAAACUUAUUAUCCUAAUGCACAACCACAUACCACUGUAGAACUUGCUUCUGUCAAUCUUAGGUUAGCAGAGGCUAUUAAUUCUCAACUUCUUGGAAAACUGAGCACAAGUAAUAUACAAAAGACUGACCAACAGGUUGAAUUCUGCAACACACCUGCUGAAAAGAUGGCUGAAAAGGUUUUAAACAUGUUGGAUCCUACACUGUGCAGCAAAGGAAUGACUGAUGUACCAUUUUGUGAUACUUCACCAUCAUCGCUUCUCUCUAAUAAAAAGAGCAUAGGACGCUUCCACCCAUAUACUAGAUAUGAAAAUAUCACAUUUAAUUGUUGCAACCAAUGCACAGGAGAGUUAAUAGUGUUGUGACCUAUUUUUAAUGAAAAGGUUACAGUGACAUCAACAGGUUGUGCACUAUUACUACUGUUAUUGUUGACUGUUUAAAACUGGCAAUACUUUGAAGCAAUCAUUAUGUAUUCAAAGGAUUUUCUUAUUUGCACAUAUUCCUUAUAUUUUUAAGAAAAAUGUGCAUAUGAUAUAUUAGUCUAAGAAGCACAGUGAUGUAUUCAUCACUAUUCUCUCUCAUAAACUGCCUGAAUCUUUACCUCAAGUUUCGCCCAGUUAUGAUAAUGAUUAUGUAUUUAUACUGCCACUUGUUUUUUUAAGUGUUUUAAUGUGUAUUUAUAUAUAUGAGUGGAAGAGCGGAAUUUUCUAUCUUCUUAAUGUGGUGCAGAGUUGAAAAUGACUAUAUCUGAUCAAGUGUUACUAAAAUGUCCAAUUAGAUCAGUAUGAUCUAUAUAGUGUCACCUAUGAAGUAUUGUGCAAGUCAGAGUAUUCAAUUUGUAAAGAAAUAUGCCAUUCUGUUUUUGAUACAACUGUAAAAUGUUUGUCCAUCCAUUCUUUAGUCUUUUCAAUUGAAUAGAAUGUUGAAUUACAGGCUAAAAGAGCAUAAAGACUUGAGUUUUCAGAGACUCGAGAUUAACAGAUAUAUCAAGAUAUAUAGAAUUCUUUUCAUACAGGUUAUUAAAACAUGCAAUUAUUUAAAUUACAGGUGGUCAUUGUAGCAGAGACUAUCACAAUUUUAAAAAGUAUUUUCACGUGCACUUGCAAAGGAAGAACGUAAAAGGAUGUAGUGAAAGAGCAAGGAAAUAAGAGAGAGCAGCCUUUUGCAAUCUAGAAGGGUUGUUUAGGCCGGCUAAUUUGGUGUUCGUUCAAAAUUUGUUGCUCAAAGUCUUAUUUUAAAAUACUGGUCCAAAUAACACCAAUCAUGUGGUAACCUUCGAGGCAAAUUCAGUUAAUUGACUGUAGUAAUUAAUACAAUUUCAUGAUUUGUACCAAGUAAAUGAGUCUUAUUCAAUGGACCAUUGUGAAAAGUGAGGUUUCAGAUAAGCUGAAGUAGAGUGGAGGAUUUGUUUCAUCAACAUAAUUAUCAGUAAUUGGCAGGUUGGAAUGUGUGUUUUCUUAUGCAGAAAAGUUACAAAUUGGGCAUAUUAGUUGCAUGUAGACAGUACAGCUGCAUCUUCCCAUAUUUUGGUUUAAAUUCAAUCAAUCUUGGGAUAUUAGCUGAAAUAACUCCACAGAUGUCAGUAUCACAUCACCCUCUCUUUAACAUGGGAAGGCCUUGAGACUGAUCGAGCUGUCUAAGCCAGCUCUUAGAGUGAACAGGAUGUCUGACACUCUUGUUCUUAGCUGUCAACCAGGGCUCCCUGAUUGGACCAGAAAGACAGCCCCAACCAGGGAACUCAUAUUUUGUGAUGUCCACCUGGCUGACCUCAUUACAGUUACUGCAUCACUCCCUGUCUGAGUCUGAGGAUAUAAGCCUUUCGUAGCUCCUCCUGGGGUGUUUUAGCACUGGGUCAAGUUCCUCCAACUCUGCCUCUGAUGCAGGCAGUACGUAAAGCACAGUAGCUUAUCUGUUGAAGAAUUUCAUUCGCUUCACGAGGCAGCAAAGAUUCUGAGUAUCUUAAACAUUGAUCAGAAGGGAGAACCCAUGUGUUCCAGAACAGUUGGAAAGGCUGUUGAGGAGCUGGGCACGUUUUGCUACCACACCAUGGACGAGUUUGCAGCUUUCAUGUUGUCUUUGUGUUUGUUCAGGACUGUCACACUAACCCAAACUUUAUUCGUCACUGGACCUGACCUCAACCAUGUCUCAUACCCAUGCAGGGCCAUUUUUGGGGUUCGUACAUCAAAAUUUGUUCCCUGAAGUAAGCUGUCUCUCUUGCUUAGUGGAGUUUUGUGUCUGGUAUUGGUGUUCCUGACGCACCCUCAUGUUAUUUUCCCAUGGGUGUAACCUGGUUUUGUCAAUUCUGUUGCUCAAGGUCACUUGGGGUGCUUGGAACACAUUUUUCCAUUCUAAGGUGUAUGCCUGCCUGGGAGAAACAUCUAAGGACUAUGUCCAAGUUGUCUAAGUUCUCCUUAUUGGCCUUCCCUGUUAUGAGCACAUCAUCUAAAUAAAUUGCAACCAGGGUAGAUCCUGUGAAAUGUUCUCCAUUGCCCCCUGAAAAAUUGCACAGGCUGACAACAACCCAAAUGGUAUUCUUGUAUAUUGGUAAAACCCUUAUGCGUAUUAAUUGUAGCAUAUUUCUAGGAAUCAUCUAACUGCAAUUGCAAGUACACAUGGCUGCCAUCCAGUUUUGUGAAGAACAGCCCCUCCCUUGUGAGGGAUUAGGGUAUUAUUCCAGCUGCAAAAGCACUUUACCCCACAAGGUCUGGAAAGAUCAAAUUUAACCUAGUGUGGAGUCUCCUCCCAAUUAGCAACUCUACGAGAGCUAACCCUGUAGUUGCGUGAGGGUUGGUCCUGUAAUCAAAUUGGAACUGGGACAGUUUGGUAUUCAGUGAAGCUGUUGGCUAAAGUUUGGACUGCUGUUUCUGCCAAACCGUUGGAUGGUAUGGACCUGUCCUUAUAUGGUGAAUACCAUUCACCUUUAUGAAAUACUCAUAAGUCCCUGCUGGUAAACUAUGGCCCGUUAUCUGUGACCAAUAUGUCCGGGAUUUGUGUAUUGCAAAAGAUGUGUGCAGUUUUUCUAUCACUGUCUCUGUGUUUGAUGAAUAAACUUUAUGCACCUCAA